UCAACAUCUAACAGUCUCUGCUGUUGUGUGAGAAUGAAAACGCUUAAGAUCAUCAGUGCUGAGUCCUUUAUAUCAGAUGAAGAAUACGCCAAACAAAAUGUGAGGAAUGUUGCUCACAAUCUGUACCCACUCUUGCUAAAGACUUGUUACUUACAUGAAAAGGUGGAAAUCAUUUAUGGAUUGGUGGAAAACUGGCCCUUGUCUGAUUUCAACUUUGGAAAUUUGCUAGGUAAAACAGCUGACAUUCCUGAAGAUAUUAGCCACUGGACGUGCCACCGGAGCUUAUCAGCUUGCCUAAAUGGCUUGAAGAAUUAUGUGUUGAAUUGCAAUACGACAUACACAAAGAGACUAAAAGUUGUGGACACAACAGCUUUAAAGGAUGUUGAAUAUCAACCGUGCAAAUGUAAACAAACUUUGGGGAAAUGGGCAAGAACCGAGUUAUUAGCUAAGCUCUGCUUUGAUCUUCUGGUUGAAAUGCAACAGCUCAAUUUUGAUCCAUCAGUUUUCGGAGUUGAAAUUGAGGUCUUUGCUAACCUGUUUGUCACACAGAGGAACUACGAGCUUGUGGUUCAAGCUUUAUUGAUGAAGCGUCAUUGUCCGCUCAAACUACGAUGUGUUGGUUUCCGAGCCGAUAGCUUAUCACUAAGGAACCUUUUUUAUAUACUGAAGCUAUCAGAGCCAACUUCUAUACACAGAUUAGAGAUGGUUCAUAAUAUUCGUUUACAGCUUGAACAUCUUGAAGUUCUACUGACCAAUGUCACCUUCCCUCAGCUUAUUUCGCUCACUUUGCCUGCACAAACCUUCAAUGUUAACAGAUAUACAGCAGAAGACGAGGAAGUUUUAUGUAGCAUUGGGGAAAAACUAAGUAAUAUGACACAUCUGACUGAGUUAAGCCUUUCGUUUUCCACACUUACGGGAAGAGUGAGAAAGCUACUUAGCCCUCUGAAAACACCUUUGAAGAUACUUGAAGUUGCUAACUGUUCCCUUAACUAUGCAGACAUGGCGUAUUUAGCAAACAGUCUCCAUGCUGAACAUUUUGUACUGCUGGAUCUCAGCGGCCACAGUGUUACAGAUCUGUUUCCAUCAACAUUUUUUAAACUACUUACUAAGGCUUCAAGGACGCUUAAAACUUUGGUUCUCGAAGAAUGUGAUAUGGGAGAUACACAUGUCAAUAUGUUGACAGUGGGUUUAACACCAUGCCGGAAACUACAAGAGUUUAAAUUUCUAGGAAACCCUAUGACAUCAAGAGGCCUUAAACGUAUAUUUAGAAGUUUUGCUGACCUUCCUAUGUUAAAGUACAUUGAAUUCCCGGUACCGAGAGACUGCUAUCCUGAUGAUGUCACAUACCCGCUUGAUGAUUCUAACCUUGUCAAAUUUGAUCGCCAAAAAUACCAGGAAGUAAAAGAAGUUCUUCACAUGAUUUUACUUCAAGCUCAUAGAGAGGACAUAGUAGCUGUAACCCCUUUGUUUGGAAGUUAUGAUCCUGAAAUUCAGGAGACUGGCAAUGAACUUGGCAAAUGUUUACUUGAAUCAUUUAAAGGUACCCUAGAGAAUUUUUCAGAAGCCCUGAAAAAAUUAAACUAGUGUGUGUACCUUUAAAAUCAAUACAGGAACCUAUAAUCAUCUCUUUGAGAAGUAAAAUGUUAAAAAAAAAAAUGUUGUGGUCCAUAUGGAAUUCAUAUACAGAUUAGAUUUAUUCUAAACCUGGUGUAUGCAGACUAUUCAAGUACUCUUAUAAUAAAUAAACAAUACAAAAAAUAACAAUAUAAUAUUUAUUUUUCACAUUUGUUCGAUCAAAUAGAACAGAUAAUGGGCACUUUAAAAAUGUAUUGUAAUUAUGAUCUUGGAACUGUUUGUAUUAUUUAUCCAUUACUAAUGAUAAAAAGAUUUUUGGAACCUCUAUGCUCAGCAGAUAAAAAAAAGGUAAAAUUAGAGUUGUAUAUUUUGAGACAAAUAAAUAAAUUAAAAUUUAAAAGAUGA